CCCAUACACACACGCAGGCGUAAAUCCUGACGUCUGACUCGAGUUCAUGUUGCGGGGGUCUCGGUCCGCGCUGGGGUGUCAUCGGGCGGACGGCGCUGCCUCCGUCAUGCACUUUCAGUCGCCGUUAACCGCUUAACGGAGCGAAAAUCGUCCGGCGACGUGACGCGCGCUGUUUUGCACACCGUAGCGUAAAGAUGGCGAAGCUGCUCCGCGGCUUGCUCAUGUUUACGUUCACGUUAACGGGCAAAAUCAAAGGCAUCGGCUUCUGGUCCCUGAUCUACAGCUAUUGUGCGCUGUGCACCUGCUGUGUGCUGCUUAAACUUUGCUGGAACGCGAUUGCGAGGCCGUCUCGGGCAUUUCAUUGGAAAAUCCGAGAGACUGCCCCUGCCUGUCUCAACGACACGUCCUUGGGAACCCACUGUUAUGUCAAAAUAAAGGAAUCUGGCCUGAGAUUCCACUACGUCGCGGCAGGAGAGCGGGGAAAACCUCUCAUCCUAUUUCUCCAUGGUUUCCCCGAGUUCUGGUUCUCAUGGCGUCACCAGCUCCGGGAGUUCAAGAGCGAAUUCCGGGUGGUGGCCGUGGACAUGAGGGGGUACGGCGAGUCAGACCAGCCCACAUCCACCGACAGCUACCGCAUGGACUACCUGCUGGCCGACAUCAAGGACGUGAUGGAGUGUCUGGGCUAUAACAGAUGCAUCCUUGUGGGCCAUGACCUGGGUGGCUUUCUGGCCUGGCUGUUCGCCAUCCACUACCCCGAGAUGGUAACCAAGCUCAUCGUCCUGAACUGCCCCCACCCCUCCGUGUUCGCAGAUUACACCCCCCGACACCUCAGCCAGUUGGUCAAGUCCAGCUACAUGUUCUUCUUCCAGUUGCCCCGCCUUCCCGAGCUGGUCUUCUCCAUGCACGACUUCAAGGCUCUGAAAAGCCUAUUCACCAGCAGCAGGACUGGGAUUGGCCGGAAGGGCAGCGGGCUGACCAGUGAGGAUGUGGAAGCGUACCUGUACUACUUUUCCCAGCCUGGGGCCCUCACAGGCCCCCUCAACUACUACAGGAACAUGUUCAGCUCGCCGGCCCUGAGGAGGCGGGACAUCCGGUGUCCCGUCCUGCUCCUCUGGGGGGAGCAGGACGCCUUCCUGGAGCAGGACAUGGCGGAGCAGUGCCGCCUCUACAUCCGCGGUCACUUCCGGCUUAACAUCAUCUCCGGGGCCAGCCACUGGCUGCAGCAGGACCAGCCCGACAUCGUCAACACGCUCAUCUGGACCUUCCUGAAGGAGGGCGAGAGCCGCAGGAGCUACAGACACUCGCUGGCUUAGGCGUCUGCCGCAGGCGCCCGUCAGAAAACGGACAAGACCCAACGCAGCACUGGCAGUGAGGACAAUAGUACAGACUUACUUAAUCAUCAGUUAACAAGCACAUUUUUAUUGGAGUCGUCUUCAUUUUUGGUUCGUUUUUUUUUGUUGUUUUUUUCCCGUGGCCUCAGUACUUGUAAUUGAGCAGCUUACCAAUAGGGAAAAUCUCCCUGUCAAUCGUAUUGCAUGGUGCCUUUGACUGACCAAGGUGGUCCUGACAAAAAAAAACAACAACACCCAUUUGCGUGACUGAACCCGUGACAAUCACCGUAGGCAUCUGCUCCAUUUCCCAGAGGUGAGAUUAUUCCCUGGGCCUGUUCUCUGGGACAGGACUGCGUGGGCUGCGGAGGAAUUUCGGGAGACCCACCGGUACCCUUGUGAGGUUCCAGCAGAAGGGCGUGAUCCUCUUCCCAAGCUCCGCACUUUCUUGUUAGCUGUGACAGGAGAAUCUCAUCUCCCCGGCCUUCUUGCUCUCUCUCUAUCAGGUGAUGUGUUCUCUUAAUGAAUGUCUUUACUGCUGCGUUUCAUUUUCCUCUCUCUUUCGGUUACCUUGGCCUUCCUGUAAUACGAGGUGAUGGUUGAGUAUCGUAAACUUCUUGUAUUUGUCUGAACACGGCAUUUAUUAUUUCAAUGAGAAUUGUUUUCAUCGUUUUAAUUUUCUAAACAAAUAAACAGCAAUGAAAAUGA